AGGAGGAAGAAGGAGAGGGGCGGCGGAGCGCGUGGAGAGCUUCCUGACAGGCAGGCAGCCUUGGGGCGGGGGCUCCGGCUGCCGGGAAAGGGAGAAAGAAGAGACACAGAAAGGGGAAAAGCGGUGCACGAGGGACGCGACGCGACAGCAGACAAAGGUGUCCCCCAAGACCUUCAAUUUAUAUUCAACAAGUGCAAUGAAUAUAUAGAGAGUCCCUCCAUGUGAGCCACUGCUUAUCCUGUAAAGAACAAAAUGAACAUCUAACGACAAAGACAAUGUGACGCCAAAGAUUUGAACCUUUUGUUGGGGGAGUGAAUGAGAUGCUGAAAGCCUAAGCGCAGCAGGACUCCUGGAGGGCCGGCCUGCCUGUGGACGGAGACGGAAGAUAGCAUUAAGAUGACGGAAGGAAGAUUAUGCCAGGUUCAUCUGCUGGACGGGCGGAAGCUGGAGCUCUUAGUUCAGCCCAAGCUGCUGUCUCGAGAGCUGCUCGACUUGGUGUCGUCUCACUUCAACUUGAAAGAGAAGGAGUACUUUGGAAUAACCUUCAUCGACAACUAUGGCCAAUGUAACUGGCUGCAGCUGGAUCGCAGAGUCCUGGAUCACGACUUUUCAAAGAAACCAGGACCAGUAGCGUUGAACUUCUCUGUCAGAUUUUAUAUCGAGAGCAUUUCGUUCCUGAAAGAAAACACAACAGUGGAACUGUUCUUUCUGAAUGCAAAGGCCUGCGUCUUCAAGGAAGACAUUGAAGUGGAAAGUGAAACAGCCUUCAAGCUCGCGGCAUAUACUUUGCAGGAAGCAAAGGGUGAUUUCAAAAGUGAUGAAAGUGCAAGAUCAGAUCUUCAGAAGUUGCCAGCUGUGCCAACAAGGGUUCUUAAAGAGCAUCCAUCACUUGCUUAUUGUGAGGACAGAGUGAUUGAGUACUACAAAAAGCUGAAGGGUAUCACCAGAGGACAAGCGAUUGUGCAAUAUUUGACUCUGGUAGAAUCUCUUCCUACUUAUGGUGUUCACUAUUUUGAAGUCAAGGACAAACAAGGGAUACCAUGGUGGCUUGGAAUUAGUUACAAAGGAAUAGGACAGUAUGACUUACAAGACAAAGUUAAACCAAGAAAGUUAUUCCAAUGGAAGCAGCUAGAGAACUUAUAUUUUCGUGAGAAGAAAUUUGCUGUUGAAGUCAAUGAACCUCAUAGAGGAACAAUUUCAAAGCGUGCCUUUGGACAGACUGGAUUUGUGAUUUACACAUGGUAUGCAAGCCAUUCCUUGAUUAAGACCAUCUGGGUUAUGGCAAUUAGUCAACAUCAGUUUUACUUGGAUCGAAAACAGAGUAAAGCAAAAAUUCCAACAGCAAGAAGUUUAGGAGAUAUAGCAAUGGAUCUUACUGACAACGGAACCCAAAAUGUAGCUCUGAAGGUUAACCUGGAGACCAAGAAUCAUCUUAUUAUGGCAAGCAAUACUAGUCUAGUGUCAUCAGAAUCUCAAGAUGAGUCCAUUGAUGAGCAGAAGAAAGAAAAAAUUGCAGAAAUAAAUGAGAAAAAAAAGAAUUUACAGGACAUCCUGGCUCAAAAAUUAGAUGAACUGAAAAAGAUUUGCCUGAGAGAGGCGGAGCUGACAGGCAGAUUGCCAAAUGAAUAUCCAUUGACUGCUGGGGAGACGGCUCCACAUGUAAGACGGAGAAUAGGCACGGCUUUUAAGCUUGAUGAUCUAUCACAUGCAGAGGAUCCUGACUUGCACACCCUGGAAAGCAGGUUUUCUCUGCAACAGAAGAUUGUAGAGGCAGCAAAAAAGUUGGCUACUGAGCCUGAACUAUGCAAAACUGUAAGAAAAAAAAGGAAGCAAAACCUAUAUGAUGCAGUUAAAAAACUGCAGGAAAUUGAAGAUGCAAUAAAUGAAUACCGAAUCAGAGCUGGGAAAAAACCUACUCAGAGAGCUUCACUUAUAUUUUCAGAUGAGGUGAUUCCUUCAGAAAGUAGCUCCCUGUCUGAUAGUCUCAUCUUUGAUGAUGAUGAUUCAGUUGUGUCUCAACGGACUCCUAGUCGAUCUGUUCGGUACUCCCCCAGGCAUCAUCCUCCACAGUCUUUUAAUACUUCUGUUUCAGACCAUGUCGGGAGAUUCGAUGACAGUGAUGACAUACAAAGCGUCUCUCAGUCCCUCUAUCGAGAUAGCACAGCAGUGUAUGAUCAUUAUUCAUAUGACACCACCGGAAGAUUUCCUAGCCUGCCACAAACUCCACUUUUGUCUCACAGCAUCAGUCAGCCACGGCAACGGAGUGGGAGUUUGGAAUCCCAGUUUGUUUCUGAAAGCGAUCCGGAAAAGCCACGUUUCUUAUUAGAUCAAGGAAGAAGUAACAGUACAGAAGUCUUGGAUGAUGGAUCUUCAUACACUAGUCAGUCCAGCACUGAAUGCAACAGCACAACUAGACGACCAAACCAUCACUAUCGCACUGUGGGAAAUAUGAGGCACAAGAAACAAAACUAUGCCAAUACAGGCAGCAUGCCGAAUUUAGCCCAAAAUGACUUGAGACAUUACGCUUACCAGUCUGUGUCACCUCAGAUGUCAACUGCAUACUGCAUUACAGGAUAUGUGCCUUACACUGACACAGAGCCAUUCUCCAAUGGAGGUUGUGUUUAUGAAAAUGAAUCGGAGGGACGCUAUUAUCUCAAUACCUCUUAUCCUGCUCCAUACUACGGACAUGAAAAGUACCUUGACUAUCCUGAACAGGAUGAGACUGAUCACUUUGCCCAUAAUCCUUAUGCAACUAUAAGACCUCCCAGAGGCCGACAAGUUACAGCCACAGAGGAUGUAACAAAAAAUAUCCAGAAGGCACUGGUGGCAGAACAGCUUCGUGGCUGGUACAAACGGGCUGCUGUACAUAGGGAACAUGGACGAAACCUGCAGGCGGGUUAUGAGUUUGACAGAAGAUCGAUGCAGAGCUUGGGCUAUUCAUCUGCUCCAGGACCUUUCACACCUAACAGAGUACCUUCAUUUCCUUCAGUUUCCUCUGGAGCAAGAAAUUGGCAAAGUCAGAUGAAUGUUGGCUCGGUGGAUUAUGAGGCCUCUAUAAACCAACAGCUACAUUAUAGCAGUCCUCAUGGCCGCUCCUACAGUAGCACUCCUCUUCACAGCAGAUCCUACGUAGAUUUGAAUCAUCUGGAUGGGAUGGUCAGAGAUCAUUUGGAAAGCAAAGAUGAAGAGCAGCAGAUGCUUUACUGGCAUGAGGACUCCAAGCCAGGGACAAUAGUGUAGCAUCGCCUUUUUACACCUGACCUCAGUAGCACUGUGCCGCUUCAUGAUGUGCCUUGCUCCAAACGUUUACUGUACUACCAAGGAUGGUUUAUUUACAAAAUGGAAAAUAAGUCAAUCCAAAAAAAGGAAGUAGCUGGAUUUCAAGACGUCCUAUAGGGUUGGAAUUGUCACCUCCGCUCCGAUGCAGAACUCUGCUGUGAGAAGUCACAGUUACUUGGACGUCUCUAAUAAAGUUGUGUUGUGACGGCACUCAUGUUAGACAUAGCACUUGGACAUACCGUAGAUGUACAGUAAGUAGCAUCUUGAGAGAGACACAAAGCAAAGAUGACGACACCCGCCUCCAUCCGCCGUGCUCGUUCAGUGUCACAAGGUUGGCCAUUUUUCUGUGCCACGACGACACAAAGGGUAUCAAGUAUUCUGGAACGUGACACACGCAUGAAUGUUGUCAUUAACCUUACAACACAGAGAGGAUGGCGUGCAUUUUGAAAACUUAAAGCCAGCAUUGUAAUGCUCAGUACAUCGUUUUUUUUCGGCAUAUAUCACAAAAAUAAACGUUUUCAGAUUUAUUGUCUUUUUUUCGUGUAAAACAUUUUAUACUGGAUUUAAUUUUUUAAAUCACGUUGGAGAAAACUUUACAUUUGAUUUUUACUCUUAAAAGAACUUGAGGACCUUUUAGUAUAAAAAUACAUUGGGUUUGAUUGAAGUCCAAAUCACUUAGUUGAUCUGGAAUGAAGCCGAAACUUGCUUUGCCAGUAUUUUAAGAAACUGCUUGUUAAAAGGAAAUCCAGAAUUUAGUUACGGUGAACCCAAAGCACAGUUCAUUGGAUUUGGGGCCAAAAUGUAACUCGGUGAUUCAGGGCUGCCAAAAGUGAAUCGGAGUAAAGGCUGCAGCGACGCAAAUAAUCAGGCAGUGGCAGACGACCGCAGGGCAUGCUGGGAUUGUACUUCUUGGAAUUCCAUUCCCUGCAAACGCCUUCAUUCAUCCACUACAGUUAGGUUUGUUUUUUAUGUUUUUAUCAUCAUUUUCUGCUUCUUUGUUUGAUAAGACAUCUGUAGAGAGCCCCCAAAACCUUCAUCUUAAAAUCCCCAAGUUAAAGUUUUUAAUUCAUCGUGAGGAGCUUCUAAGUAAACUCAGGCCAGCUUCUUACUGCACAACGUUCAUUCCAAGGUGAACAAUUUGGAAAAGACUUCCUUUCGAACAGGGGGUGUCCAACUCCGGUCCUGGUGGGCCGCACUGGCUGCAGGUUCUCAUUCUAACCAUCUUCUAAAUUAGUGACCAGUUUAUGUUGCUAAUGAACUUCUUUUGCCUUCAUUUUACUUGACUUGAUUCAGACCCCUGAAUUGUUUCUUGUUUCCUUAAUUAGCAGCCAAACAAUAGUAAGACACAGAACGAUCCGACGCACGACCACCUAACCUGCGUCCAUCACACAACGUGUGAAAAUAAAGAAAGGUGAAGAUCUCCAUUGAGGCUGAUCUGCUCAGGUCACCAAAACAUCUUGACGGCGUUCUUAGAGGAAAAACAGAAAAUCGACAGUUUUGGAAAUGUCUGCUGUGGCAGAAUGAGAACAGCAACAGGCCAGGGAAUUAAAUGACGGGUUUAAUUAACAGUAAGAAUUGGUUUGGAGUUUGAGGCCCUAAUGUUGGCUCGCUUCAUAUCUUAUUUCUGUUUGGCUGCCAUUUAAGGAAGAACAGAAUCAAUUCAAAAGAGUGAAUGCUUAAAAACAGGGCUGAUAGAAUGAAUGGCAAACAAGUUAAUUAGAUAGAUAGUGUAGUAGGCAAGAUUAAAAAUAUAGAUAUAUUGAUAAUUAAAUGAUAGAUAGAUAGAUACUUUAUUAAUCCCAAUGGGAAAUUCACAUUCUCCAGCAGCAGCAUACAGAUACGAUAAAUAAUAUUAAAUUAAAGAAAGAUAAUAAUGCAGGUGAAAAACAGACAAUAACUUUGUAUAAUGUUAAAUGUUAACGUUUACCCCCCCCGGGUGGAACUGAAGAGUCGCAUAGUUUGGUGGAGGAACGAUCUCCUCAGUCUGUCAGUGGAGCAGGACGGUGACAGCAGUCUGUCGCUGAAGCUGCCCUUCUGUCUGGAGAUGAUCCUGUUCAGUGGAUGCAGUGGAUUCUCCAUAAUUGAUUUAUAUUAAUUAGCAGAGAAAACUGGUCGCUGAUUAGGAAAAGGCUUAGAAUGAAAACCUGCAGGCCCACCAGGAUUGGAGUUGGACACCCCUGGGUUAGAACCUUGUGAGAUUUUACUGUUUGAUUUUCCUCGGUGGCCAAGAGGGUUAAAGCACAACCAUCUCCAGUCUUGCAGGUGUCUGCUGAAUCACCUUAGGAUGAAUAAAACAGAAGACAGCAGGAGAGGUGAGCAGCUGUUCCUUUGUAUUUAUGCCUGGUCAGGUUAUUGUCAUAGAACUAUACUUGCAGCUGCUACAAUCAGGAUAUUAUUAUGUAGCUCCUUCCUCUGUAGACUGAUUUGCAGUGAUACAGUCCACAUAAAUAUAAUGUGCACUCCUCCAUCCGUCCAUUUUCGGAUUACAUAGAGCCAGUACCUGUGGUGGUAGCGCUGGACCAAAAGCUGUCCGUUUCAUACAUGUCCCCCAUGUGGCUUCAAUUUUAGGUGGCUAAUCGUGUCUCUCAAAGUCCUAGUGUGUAUAAUUUGGUGCUAACUGAGCACCUCUCACGUGUGUGUGUAUGUAUGUGUUGAAUUUGUGUGCUUUGAAUUGGCAGAGCCAAACUGAAGAGAAGUGACUGGUGUUUCAGGGAUUCACUCCCCCUAACCGAACUGAACAUGUCUUUGGGUUUGCCUUUCUAAAGUUCCCCAAACCUCCCCAUCCCUCCUUCACGUAGAAAUCCAAAAUGUGUCAAGUGUGUCACUCUCUGAAUCCUUCUGAGGCUUCUUCUACCUCAUGCAGUUUGCAGAAGACUUUUUAUGAACCGGUUAGGUGUUAGUGUUGCACUUGUAUUGCAGAUGUCCUGGAGAUAUUGCAUCCCAUGCUGGAAUUCAUGGAAUGUAUGCUUUGUGGCCGCACGCUCAUCAUGUAAAUAGGGGGAGCUUUUUUUUUUUUUUUAAAUAAACACUUUCUGUGUGUGUGUUGAAAGCAUGUAAUAUAUAACAUUUGUUAAGCUGGUUCUUAUUCAUUUGUAUUUUUAAAAUGCAUUUGAAUUAAAGAGAAUUUGCCUUUA